GUAUCACCAAUUUGUAGAUGUGAAAAUGUGGUUGGCCAAUGCCCACAGUGUAAGUGUGGGAACCAGGAUCUGACCUAAAUCUAUCUGGUCGUAAAGCCCAUAACCUUUCCACUUAGAUCACAUUCUGUUUAACAGGUUCUUGUGUCCACACGCUCUUCUUAUUUUAUUGGUAACCGAGUGUGCUCCAAUAAAUGGAAACAUCUCUCAGAAACCUACAAUUUGACUUUUAAUUCUGGGAAAAGAAAUUUAAAUGAGCAAUUAGCAAGCAGGAAUAUUCUAUACAGCAUUGUGCAGAGUUUCAAAUGCUGCAAGGUAUAGAAGAGAGCCUGGUUCACACCAACUUUGAUUAUGCUCCCCUCUUGAUCAUUUCCAAAGGGCAGCGAAAGGGAAAGGAACAGGACUUUACUGACUGUGUGUGUUGACGCACUAAAGUAAUCCUGACUUAUUUUGACGAAAACCUGUUACUGACAAAGGCGAUUUUAAGGUUUGCUAUUGUUACUUAUGUCAGUUUGGAGUGCUGAUUGGUUCAUGUGGACUAAUGUCAAGAAUAUGCAUCAAACGUGCCGUGGCUAAUUCUGGCCUGUGAUAAUGGAUAUACUCUAAUUUUCAGCAGAUGUAAAAAGAGUGCUUCCAACAGACAUAAAGGCUCCAGGGUGCCAUCAGUUAAACCUCUUAGCAUAAAGAGAUGUUACUGUCUCUGUAGAAAUCAAUUUGUAGGCAGAGUAAAUGAAUUUGACUUACCAGCUACCAAAGUAUCUCCCAGUAAGUAAAUUUUACUGGUAAUGGCAUUUAAAUUAAAAAGUUGUAAUUAAUAUUCAUCUAUUUAAAUGAAUAUAUCCCUAGUAGGUAUAUAAUGUAUGCUUAAUAGAAAUGUCAGAAAUUAUGUGAAAAUAAUUUAUUAAGCAUAUAUGUCAAAAGGAGGCCAUUUACAGAAAGUGAAAAAAAUUGUACUGUUGAUAUGAUUCUAAUUCAACAUUACAAUUAGAUGUUACAUCUAACUCUACAUCAUUUACCACUUUUUGAGUUUUCUGAUUUUAAAGGUAGUACAUCAUUUCCUAUUACCCCACAAUUGCCUCUAAGAGUUCUAAUUAUGUUAGAACAGAACAGAAAGAGCACUCGAAUAUGGGCAAGGGGUGCGCUCUGGGGCCGCUGCCCACAGAUCCAAGCUACCCACGCCCUGAGGCCACUGAAAAGUCAACCUCCUGGCGCAGCGGUCCUCCGACUCGGAGAUGGCCGUGCGGGAGUCCGUCCUCAGCCAGGGGAGGUACAAGUCCUCGCAGCCGCCAGUGGUGGCCAACCCCUUCGUGCAACAGACGCGCAUCAGCGCAUGGCGCUGGGCCUACAUCAUCCUCACCGGGAGUGUGCUGGUGCCCGUUCGGGUGUCCUGCAUCGCCUUCCUCUUCAUCUUCCUCUGGCCAGUGGCCAUACUUUCCACCGUGGGCCUUUCGGCUCAACCAACCAAGCCCGCUAAGAGUUGGAGAAGAACACUAAUGCAGUCAGCCCUCAAGUUCUUGUUUCAGGCGACGUUCUUUUUAGCAGGGUUCCUGGUUAAAGUGAAAGGGAAAAAGGCAACCCGAGACGAGGCCCCCAUCUUCGUGACAGCGCCGCACUCUACUUUCUUUGACGCUAUCGCCUGUGUGGUGGCAGGGUUACCCUCAGUGGUCUCCGCAAGUCAAAACGCGCUGAUCCCUGUGGCUGGGAAACUCCUACUGUCAACACAGCCCGUGCUUGUGACGCGAGAGGACCCAAAUUCCAGGAAGAAUACCAAGAAUGAAAUCCUGAGGCGAGUGACAUCUGAAAGGAAGUGGCCACAGAUCCUCAUUUUCCCGGAAGGAGUGUGUACCAAUCGCACGUGUCUGGUCACCUUUAAACUAGGAGCCUUCUCUCCAGGUGUUCCUGUGCAGCCAGUGCUGCUCAGGUACCCAAACACGCUGGACACGGUGACCUGGACCUGGCAGGGUUUCACAGGCUUCCAGGCCUGUAUGCUGACCCUGAGUCAACUCUUCACCAGGGUAGAAGUGGAGUUUAUGCCUGUUUAUAUCCCAAAUGACCAAGAAAAAAAAGACCCGGUCCUUUUUGCCAAUACAGUGAGGAUCAACAUGGCAAAUGCUCUGGGGGUGCCUGUGACAGACCACACUUAUGAAGACUGCAGACUGAUGAUUUCCACAGGUAACCUUCAACUACCCACGGAAGCUGGUUUGGUGGGAUUUACAAAAAUUAGCCAGAAAUUGAAGUUAGAUUGGGAUAAUAUUCAUCAGCAUUUGGAUGAAUAUGCUGCAAUUGCAGUUGCCUCAAAAGGAGGGAAGAUAGAAAUUGAGUUUGCAAAUUAUUUAAAACUCCCAAUUUAAGAGCCCUUGAGACAACUUUUUGCCCUCUUUGACAGGAAUAAUGAGGGCAGCAUAGACCUCAGAGAGUAUGUGAUAGGUCUGACUGUCCUAUGCAAUUCCGCCAACACUGAAAAGAUUCUGCAAAUGUCAUUUAAGUUUUUUGAUCUUGAUGAGCAUGGUUUUAUAACAAAACAGGAGUUAGCUGCUACACUUUGGACAGCUUUUGGAGUGCCAGAUCUUGACGUUUCCAGACUCUUUCAGGAAAUAGCUGGACAGAGCUCAGAGUCCAUUUCACACGAGAAGUUUAAGAAAUUUGCCCUGAGGCAUCCACAAUAUGCCAAGUUAUUUAAUUCAUACUUAGAUCUUCAGGCAGCCUAUAUAUAUUCAUUACCACAACAAGUAUAGGCUUAAUCACUGUAU